CUUUCGGUCGGCUCUCCCCCGCGGUUCGACGUUCGCGAGAGUGCCUUAACAAAAAUAUCUGUAUCUGUAACCAGACUCCUUAAGUCAGAGCAAAGUGAGUGCGUUUAAGGGGAAACUGGUGGUGGAGGGCCCCAAUCGAUACGCGAAUACUUUAUUUGUAAAUAUUUUCAGCGAAUUUCGUGAGGUGCAGUGCGUACUUGGAUCGUGCAUUUCUGGUUGUGGCAUACGCGUUUUCUGCCGCGCGCAGUGUGCCUCCGCAGUUUGGGGCACUUUACGUGCAAAGUUAGCGAUCGCACUCGACGUGUACAGUGGGCAACAUUACGGGAGUGUGUGAUAAAUGAAAUCGCGAAAGAAUCCGAAAGGGAAACAACACACAAAGCUUAAUUUGGAGUCGCGCUCUGUGUACGUGCAGAACCUGCAGAUAUGUACAUCGGGUCGGGUGUGUUGAUAACUAGUAAAGGUACGAGUCACUAGUAAACGACAGACAAGUGAGAGGUGAUUUUCGGGGUUUUGGACUUUUGUUUUAUUAUAUUUUGGUUUUCCGCUCGCCGUAGCGGAUGGUGAAUGGUGAAAAUCUGAAGCAUAAAUUACGACCUGUGGAUACGGUCAGUGGCUGAAUGUGUGCGAGAGUACAGUGUAAAUGUAAAUUAAUCCAGCUCUCACUGGUACGUGAAAGAGUUGCUAAACGUACUCGAAGUGGAAAGCUGUGGCGACUGUCCAGCGAGUGACGGCCAGGCUUAACGUGGUUGUGCCAAGCCAAGUGAGGAAGAAAUUGUUGGGCCUUGCACAAAUAUCUGCUACCUUGCCCAUGUUAGUUUCAGCUGAUAAGAAAGAUAACAGCUCGGAGACACUGACUCGAGGAUGAUAACGCUUGCUUGAAGAAGAAGAAAAACGAUUUGACCACAAAUUUCCCGUUCCAUCGAAAUUCGAGGUACCGGCCAAUCGGUCGACCACGAUGGCCACCUCGCCGACCUCGACCAACACCAACUCCACCAACUCGGUCUCGCUGCACCGCCAGUCGAGCAAGAAUGCCGACUCGAUCUCGAUCUGUUCGACCACCAGUGCCUUCUCGACCUGCCCGGACCGGCACGGCUUCUACGGGGGCACCCAGUUCUCGGAGAAGCCCGCCAAGGAGACGCUCACGCGCGAGCAGAUCAUGGCCCGGGAGAAGAAGUGGCUCCACAUGACGAACCACUGGCAGGAGUACAUGAGCAAAAACUACAAAAAGCUCCGUGAACGCUGUCGCAAGGGAAUCCCCCAAGCGGUCCGGCCUCGGGCCUGGUUCUACCUGACCGGAGCGUACCAGCUGCAGGAAAAGUACCAGAACCGGUACAGCGACCUGCUGCGACAGCCCGGCAACCCGCAGAUCAUCGAGGAAAUCAAAAAGGACCAGCACCGGCAGUUUCCCCACCACGAGAUGUUCAUCGACGAGGAGAAGCCCGGUCAGAAGGAGCUGUUCAACGUCCUGAAAGCGUACUCGAUACACAACCCCAAGGUCGGUUACUGCCAGGCCCAGGCGCCGAUCGCGGCCUUCCUGCUGAUGCACCUGCCCAGCGAGCAGGCCUUCUGGUGCUUCGUGACGAUCUGCGACAAGUACCUCAAAGACUAUUUCACCCCGGGCCUGGAGAUGCUCCAGCGGGACGCCGCCAUGCUGAACGGUCUGCUCAAAAAGACCUCCCCCUCGGUCUACCGGCACCUGCAAAAGCACAAGGUGGACCCGCUGCUCUACAUGACCGACUGGUUCCUGUGCGCGCUCACCCGAACCCUCCCGUGGGACACGCUGCUCCGCGUCUGGGACUGCUUCCUGUGCGAAGGCAUCAAGAUCCUGUUCAAGGUUGCCCUCGUGAUACUGGGAGCGAGCCUGAGUUCGCACAAGGUGCGCAAGCAAGCGAACGGCCUGUGCGAAACGCUGGAGGUGCUCCGGAAUCCGCCGAAAAAGUACCUCGAGGCGGACUUUAUCAUGCACCACAUCUUUCGGCUGAACAUAACCGUCGAAGAUUUCAUCCACGAGCACAAAAAGCAGGAGAUGCUGCACCGGAAGGCGAAGGUGUCAUAGAAGCAGGCCAGGGCGGCCGGUGGUUCGGGCCAGCAGCAGCAGCAGCAGCAGCAGAAUCCGUCCAGCAGUGCCAGUUGAUAACUCUCUCUGGUGGUGUCGAACUAGUCUUGGACGGAGGAUGCUUGGACCUCGAAAAGAGCAGUGUUAGAUUUUAAGGUUAUACACAGAGAACGCGCGUGUUAGUCUUAGCGAUGUUUGAAUUGGAAUCGAUUGUGACGAUAUCUGGCGGAGAGUAAACGCAGUCAUUGAAAGUUUGUAAAGUUGGCAGUAUUUAGGACAAGCGCUAAUCAGUAGUUGAAAUUUCUUGUUACCGAUUAAGAAUUGACAGCGUGCUAAAAAGCAAAAGUGACAAACAUUCCUCGCCUUCGGCGGUUGGGAAUGUUUGCCACUUGCAAGUUACCCUACAAAAAGAAGAAGAAGGAAACCUGAAAGAAAUGUUAAAUUUGCCCAUUCGAUUCUAGUUUGAUCUUGGAGUUUGUACAGAAAGAAGCUAAUUCAGCAAAUUGAGACGCAAAAAACUCAUUCUAAAGCGAGAAUUCUAUUUAUACACAUCUAUCUAAAAUAUAUAUAUUUAACACCCGUAACUAACGCAAUUAAAUCGAACGUGUAAUUUGGCGCGCGCGAGCAACAAGUUUCGGAAAAAAACGCGUUUCGCGCUCGCUCAAACACACACGCGAUAAGAAUAAAGUACAAUUUUUACCCACUUGGCAGUUCGUUUAGUGAGAGAGAAAAUCAAACUUAAAGAAUCCAAACCAAUCAACCACAAUCACGCUGGCUGCAUUUCUUAACACUGAGCUAUUCUCAGCCCAGCAAAACCAAGCAAAAAAAAAGUAGUCAUUUAAAGGUCUCGAGCAGUGUUAAAGUGUGUGUUAGUUUCGCUCGUUGCAAAUCAUUCCAAAUCGAGUCGGCUUUUCACUUUCGAUAUAGGUCGUGUUUUCUAGCUCAUCAAAUUUUUACCAAUUUUGCAAAUCUUUUGCUAAGUCAUUCAUAAAAGAAACACAACAACAAAACGUACUAUUAAUACCGUAAAUGAGUGAGGCUAAUCGUUUUUCUUGGCGCAUGAAUGUGAGGUUUGGAUGUGCGAAAGAAGAUAAAAAUACACACCACAUACACAAUUUUCAUUCAUUGCAUUUAUUGCGGGAUUAUCAAUUAAGUUGGCAGCGCGAGCGAACAGCAAAGAAAGAGGAAGAAGAGCAUGGAAGGCGAAUAAUUGUGCGGCCCGUCGGAAGAGGUCAAUCUUUGGGUGGCCGGCCCGGCGUUUCGAUGUGUGGUAUUGAUGUUCCGUAGGAUGGGGUGACUUUGAUGAGAACAACUUUAACAAAUUAAUCCUGCGACGUUUUUUUUCUGUUUGUCCUUUCUGUUGCCUUCUAAUAGUUUAUCCAACCUGUGAUAAUUUUCCUUUAUCUGUUUAGUUUUUUCUCUUCUUACUUCAGCAGUCACUUUUAAUUUGUUAUGCUUGCAUUUCGUCGCCGUCGUGCUAACUUGUCGUACGUGCAUUGAGGGCCAAAUUGAGUUAAGAGCGCCAUUUUGUGCAGCUCACAAUGUCUCACCUUUUGACCUUCACAGAUCCCCAAGAUUCGAUUUCAAUCCUGAGAUAUUCAACGAAAUCCGAAAAAACUCCAUGCAUUUUUGUCACUUUCCAUAUGAAAGUAAUUUCAAUCUUGUCAUACCCUGAAAAUUGAUGUAAGUGUGACAACUGGCCAAAGCUAUUUCAGGUCAGAACGCGUUUGACGCACGUACAAGUUAGACUACCGUAAACAUUUCUAACUAUUACUCGGGACUCCAGCAACCAACUUCAACCAAACUUCGGGACAAUGCAUAGCAUGGUCAGCCAAACAAAAACUGUUUGUUAUUGUUUAUAUUGCGUGCUUUCGUUUUUGUUUAUUCAAGGUCAAACAUUAAAACGCGUUUUUCUCGGAACGUCGAAAUGGCGGGUGCGACAAGAUAGCACGACGACGUCGAUUUCACCGUACCUAUGUGUUUUAUUUUGUCUAGUCUUUGACAUUUUUUUUGUUGGAAAAUGGUCGCAUUUCGAUCGGUUAGAAGAGAUUUUUCGUUUUUACGGGUGACCAAGAACUGCGCGAGAGUUUCAUUCUGCGAUGUCGCAGAUAAAUUCCCGGGCUAAUUCCUGCACAGCAGAUUCUGAUGUUCGUUUUCAGUUAAUAUUUACUGAAAACCACUCUAAUUUUCAGUUAGUUUUUCGCUGAACUUCACUUAAAAUUUGUAUGGAGCUGUCAAAGUUUGCUGAAAUUUCAGCAAGUUUUCAUUUACAGAAAGUUUCAGUAGUUAAGAUUUCAGUAAAGGUCCUCAAAAACCACACAUUUAUUAUUCUUGCAAAAAAAGAGAUCGAUAACAAUACUCUCUACUUUUGGCGAUUAAUAAAUUGGUUUUACUUUGACAGUUCCACAUUGAGGUCGUUUUGCGAACCACUAUUCAGCACCCAGAUUGAUAGGAUUUUAAUUUAUUGUUGGAAUAUUUUCCAACUGGUAAGGGUUUUCUCAAGAUUAUUAUUUUUAAAACAUGUACCGUAAACUGGGGUCAAUCGGGACACAUGGGGCGAAUUGGGACAGCAGUUUUAACCAUGUUGGAGCACAAUAUUUUGAUUUUUCUGGUUGGUUUCGGAUAGAACAGACUCAGACCAACAAAAUGUGUUCAUCCAUUUCCAAAUUUAAAAGCUUUAAGUGCUCUAAAAACGGCUGUCCCUAAUAAGACUGUAGUCCCGAUUCGCCCCAGAUUACGGUACUUGUGUGUCCUCAAGGUCCAGGCACUAUUUUUGAAAAAAGUUUUUUCAAUAGUGUUUGAAAAGAUAGUUGCGUUGAAAAAUCUUAUUUUGAAUACCGGGGUGACUUUAAUAGUCAUAGUUUUUGUUGUUAAAAUCAGGUUAAAGGUGUUCAAAUUUCAUUUUUGAGGCGAAUGUACCAUCACUAAGGUUGCUGAUAUAGUUUUGAAAAAAAACUAUGUUUAUAUUUAGUUAAGUAAGUUUAUAAGCUUUUUAACAAAAUACAUAUAAAUUUAAGGUAAAAUUGUUAAAUAGUCAGAAUUUUGCCUGAAAUUUGUUAAAAAUAGUUUUGUUUCUAAAAUUAUCGAUUCAUAUUGCAUUUUAAACUGGAUUCGAAGCACGAAUCAAAAGUUGUUAUAUUUAAAAUAAAAUUUGUUCUACUGAAAAUAUCUACAAAUUUGACAAUUUUAUUUAAUUAUGUUUCAAAAAUACAUAAUAUUUAUUAUUAACUAAGGCCGAUGCAAAUAUUUAAAAAAGUUUUUGUUCCUCGGCCCUGGCCGAGGUCAAGGGGGGGGGGGCAAAAAAAUAAAAAAAAUAUAAAAAUUUAAAUAACAAGCCAUAGUCUUCACAUUUCAAUGAAAAAAGUGUUUUAAAAUGCAUUUUACACUAGUUCAGUUGUUUUGCAAUCAUUAGUUUUCAAAAAAAUCUAAGAUCUGACAAAAACAAAAAUUGUAUCGAAAAAAAAGAUUUUGCAUCGAAAAUUUUCAAAAAAUCUUAAGAUUAUUUAAUAAACCCAAACAUGCUAAAAAUGAUUUAAAACGCAGAAGAAUGUAUUUUAAUUUAAUUUCAGCUGGUUGCACUUCAUUGAAAUUUUGAAGUUUAUUGUAAAAAUAUUUUUUUGCCCCCUGAUUUUUCGGGCCAAUUUUGAGGGGGGGGGGGGGGGGUGACAAAAACUUUUAAAAAUAUUUGUACCAGCCUAAUUUAGUUUACCUUCUCCUAGUGGAAAAUUUUCCAAAGAAUCCGAAAAUGCAUUCCGUUUUCUGAUUUGAAAUCAUGUUCACUGAGAAAAUCAUGACACUUUGAGAAUAUGAAAAUAAUGCUAUUCAUCAACGUUUUCUUAAUUAUAUUUAACUAACUUUUUAAACUUUUCAAAAUUUGAUGAAAACUUCUUCUAGAAAUACCUUGAACCUUUUAUUUACUCCGGUCAGUAUGGUUCCAUGCAAUUCCGUACGUAUUUUAUUUGUACUCUUCAUUUUGCGAAAAAUAUUUCAAACCUAUCAAAGUCAACCCGUUUUACGGUACUCUCUUAACCCAAAAAAAAAAUGGUUCAAAUUGGUAGUUUUUCAUAGUUGAGGAACUUUUUGUGUCAUAAAGUGAACUUUUCAUAUUUACAUAAACUGCAUUCAAAACAAUAUUUAGGUGACAGCGCUUUUGGCCCUUACAGUUCUCCUUGAAAUUGCAUUAGGAAGGGCCCGUUAUGAACAACAUAGAUUAUGAGUUUUAUUGCGAAAAUCAACAUCAAAAGCAUUAAAGCCGAGUUGAGAAGAAUGAUGUGUUUUAUCGUUUGGUAAAUUUUGGCAAGCGAUUUACUCGAAUCAGUUUUUUUUGUUUUGUGCCCUAAUGAAAUGUUUGGCUCGAUAUUUAAAAAUGUUUAGAGUAGUCGAGCAUGUACGUGUGUCUAACUGCGUCCGACUUAAUUUCCUUUGGCCAGUUGACGUACUCGCAGCUAUUUUCAGGAUGUGUCAAGAAAGCACCACAAGACCGAAAAAAAAUUCAUUGAGUUUUUUUAGAAUUUUGUUGAAUAUCUCAGUAUUUAAAUCAAAUUUUGGAGGUCUGUGAAGGUCAAAUGGCGAAACAAUGAGAGCAGCACAAGAUGACGUCCUUAAGGAGUUAUAUACAAAUACAUGUAAAUCGGCAAAAAUGUAAGAGGUUGAAAAAACUCUAUUUUUACGCUAUUAAAAUAACGUCAUGAUUCAAAUUCCCGGACGCUUCGAAACCCGGACACUUUAUCUUGUUUUAUCAAUUAUUUGGAUAUAAGUUCGCAUUAUGAAUGUCAAAACUGUGUUAUUUGAUGAAUUCCAACAUCAAUUUUCAUUUAAAGUUUGUUUGAACACUGUAGUGAAUGCCAAAACAAUUAAAUACAAUAAAAUUAUAAGUUUACCAAAAAUGCGAAACAUUUCACUUGAAAUAUUUCAUAGGCGUUCGAAGCACCGGGAAGGCAAAGCAGAAAUGUAUGGUUUCGAUUUCCUUAAAUUCUAGCAAAUUUUCAUAUAAACUAUCGAUUGUUUUAAUGUUAACAGCUUAUUUGAGACCUAAAGAAUGCCAUUCACUAACAUUUCAGUCCAAAUUUGAGCGAUUCAUAAGUAAAAUCGAGUGUCCGGAAUUCGAAGCACAACAAGUCAUUUUAAUUUUCUAAUUCUGAUGAAAAAUUGUUAGAAAACACAUAUUUUGCAUGCAUUUUCUUGAAACUGACUGUUUAUACUACGUCCUGAUGAUAUUUCUACAUUUCCAACUUAUUACAUGAUUUUUUGCCAGCUAUAACAAAAAUUAUAUGCUACUAAGUGUCCGGAUUUCGAAUAAUGACGUUAUACAUUUUGAUCUAUUAUCAAAACAAAUUUGAUAAAAAAAAACAUUUGGUUGUAUCAUUGCCGAGAUAUCGCUAUUUGCCACUCCUAGUAACAUUUUAGGUUUUAAGUAGGCCAUAAAUGCCUAUUUAGGUUUUAUGAGGGUUUUGAGAACCAUGAUUAAACCUGUAAGUUUAAAAAUAUUACUAUGGACGAUAUCUUAACACUGCUUUGCCCAAACCAACUCAUAAUUUUGGUGACGACUCGUUUAACUAGUUCCGUGUGCAUGACGAAGACCGAUUUUCAAAUAGUUAAUUAAAAAAAAUCGUUAGUUUUUAAUUUUUGUAUUUUUUUUAAACAGCAAAAUAAAAAAAAUCGGACUUCGUCAUACAUACGGAAUAUGUCUUGAGAGUAUUCACCCCAAAUUUCAUCGAAUUUGGUUCAUCCCAUCUCGAGAUAUCGUGGCACCCAUAAAUCAACUCGGUGAUUCAAGAAAAACGCUCAGAUAGUUUGACAGUUCGCUUUGCGCAUGGCUACAUUUUGGGCUCAAAUCGCCUCUUUCUCAGUUUUAAUCACGAAAUAUCUUCAUGAAACUUUAACGUGUGAUUGAAAAUCAUCUUUUUAGUAGAUUUAAUAAAUUUUCUGUAUUAUUACAUCUUGUGACAUUUAACAUGUAUGUAACCCGUUAACUCAAUUUAGCCCAGAAUGCACGUGCAACAAUGGCGAAUUGUUAAAUUUCGAAAUCUUGAUUGAUUUACAAAAAAACGUAUUUUGAUUAGCACGAUUUUAAAAUUGAUAUUUUAGAUGAUAAGUAGGGUGAGAAGCAAAAUGCAAAAUUUCUAAAAAUCCUAUGUUUAAUUUCUUUAUAAGGUCCUGGCGCGAUUCCUUAGCCAAACUAAACCGGUUAAGGUUUAGAGUUUGCUGUUCAGAGUUGAAGUUUGUAUGGGUAUUUUAUUUAAAAAAAGUAUGGAGAAAUACAAAAUUUUAUUUUUUUCCGGAAGGCGGAGUCAUUGUGUGGAAACAUUGACAGAUUUCAAUGUGAAAUAAAACUUUCUAAAAUUGUGUCUAAGAUUGCAAAGCGAUCUCAGUUUAUCCUAAAAAGUUUGAAGCGAUUAAAAAACGUUUUUUUUUUUAAUUCCGGCUAUUUUGUGGUAUCCAUUUUUGAUAAGAUUUACUGUGUACUAAUAUAGUGGUUUAACUUCUGUUUGAAUGAUUUUUUUUUGUGUUUAUUGAAGAUUAUUAAAAACAUAACAAUGAUAACUUAAAAAAGGCAAACAAAUGUUUAAAUUUUGGCGGCAUCCAGAGCCACCCCCAUCGAAUGUUAUAUUAGCUAUUGUGUGAAGAUGGUACAGCGAAAAAAUAAACAACAUCGACCGAUCCGGCCACACAAUUACUGUAUUCUGCAAAACUGAUGAUGAAAGUCUUUGAAAAAUCCAGCACCGCGCACAUAUGUUCACGCCCGCUUCAAAAACAGUAGAAAGCGCCAAAAUGGAAGAGCAGAUUCGCCUAAUUGGACUAACCCCGCAGCAAGUAAUAACCAUGAUGAUCCUCCGCAAGAUAAUGAUUGUGGUCCGAAUUUUCCCUUCAAAAAUUGAACGCUUGCGCUUUUCUCUCGAUCGUUUGCCUAUUUAUUAUGAUUUUUUUUUUUGGUUUUGUUUCCCAUUAACAAAUCGUUUCUUACAUAAAAGUUUGAAGAGGAGGUGCAAAACUGAAAAAUGCCUUCGAGGCCAAUUUAGAAUAUGAGUGUGUUUUUUGUUUUGUUUCGAUGAUUUGUUGAGGGCUAACUCCCAGUUGAAAAUGUAAAAGAGUGCAAUGUUUGUUUUGUUAACGAAUGACGAAUGCAUCAUCAAUAGAGUUUAUUUGUCUCGUAGAAAGAGAGUGUCACAGAAUUGUUAGAUGGUUUAAUGUAAAAGUGUAAAUGUGUUAUCAGUUAUCGCAAUAGUCGAACUUUAUCUUUAAAUGAUUCGCAGCGUUGUGUGUUGAAAGUAGGCAAAAGUGAGGAAUGGGCCAGAAUUAGUGAACUACGUUAAGUUACUCUCCAAAAGAUGGAAAUUUUUACUACCACAACUUUUAUAUGCAUGUAUUGUAGUGUAAUUUUGAUUAUUUAUUAAUCCGUGACACCCACACCUACAUCUACACACAUAUCUUUAUUCUAAAUAAAAGUUAAGUGAAUCGUAA